AACGGCGCUCUGUUGAUCCUGACGAUGAAAAUGUCAUUCAAAAGUAGCAGCUUCUAACCUCAUUACAUUAUACUGCAGACGAAAACAACUCGUUAUCGAUUCUGGCAGUUAUGAUAAUGUUGCUCUCAUGAUGGCUGUGAGCUGGAGACGCGUCGCUGCAGGUGUACUCGUGUUAAUGAGCGGCUGUUAUUGAGCUGUGUGUAUGAUGAGUGUGCCAGCUCUACACAGCAGCAGCAGCGUGUUCUUCAGGAGGAUCCUCAGCCGCUUUCCUCAGGACCUCAGCCUGGCCUUCGCCUACGGGUCCGCGGUGUUCCGGCAGACGGGCGGCUCUCCGGGGAAGAACAUGCUGGACUUCGUGUUUGCUGUGGAUGACCCGGUCACGUGGCACACCAUGAACCUCAUCGAGAACAGAAAGCAUUACUCCUUCCUCAGAUACCUGGGGCCCAAACACAUCAGCAGCAUUCAGAGCGAGUAUGGAGCCGGGGUCUACUUCAACACCCUCGUCCCUGCUGAAGAUAGGGUGAUCAAGUACGGCGUGAUCAGCACAGAUGCUCUGAUCGAUGACUUACUCCACUGGAAAACCCUGUAUAUAGCGGGCCGUCUACACAAGCCUGUCCAAAUUCUGCUCCAGAAUGAGAACGGCAAACUGCGGGCCGCUCUCGUAGGGAACUUGAAAAGUGCCGUGACCGCUUCGUUUCUCAUGCUGCCAGAAAGUUUCUCAGAAGAAGACCUCUUCCUCCAGAUAGCAGGCUUGUCCUACUCUGGGGACUUCAGGAUGCUGUUUGGUGAGGAUAAGUCCAAGGUUUCCAACAUCGUUAAAGACAACAUGCCUCAUUUCCGCAAGUUAUAUAACAGUAUUCUCCAGGAGUGUCCUCAGGUGGUGUACAAGCCUCAGCAGGGCCGGCUGGAGGUGGACAAAAGCCCAGAGGGUCAGUUCACGCAGCUCAUGGCUCUCCCUCGCCGUCUCCAGCAGCAGAUCACGCGUCUGGUGGAGCGUCCCGGGAAGAACAGAGACGUGGAGGAGAUCCUCCUGCAGGUGGCUCAGGACCCCGACUGCGGCUCCGUCGUGCAGCAAGGAAUUUCAUCAAUCGUGAAAGCCUCCAGCAUAACACAGAGUGCCAAAGGAAUCGCCACCGCUGGUCUUGUCAAAACACUGUCAUACAGCGCAAAAAAGCUGCAGAAGAUGUGGAGAGGCUGGCGAAGAAAACCAGCAUGACUGAGCACAAUAACUCAUAACUAGGGUGUUUUGUCCCACAGUUAGUAUUUAUUGACAAUCAGUGUAUUAAACUAAGGACUGAAGCAGUGCGCUUGAUUCAUUCUCUAAUGUUCCUGAGAAAAUGCCAAUAAACGUG